UAAUGCGGUACGGAGAUAGGAAGGUAGGAUGACCCCUGGAUGGUUGAGUCGGAAUUCUUCCUAAAACCGCUUAGGGUAUUCUAGGUCCUUAUUGAAUUUGUAAUCGGCGUGCAGGGUCACCAAUCUUAGGGCGAGAUUCCGACAUUUCCAGCAUGAGAUAGGGCUAUCAUAGGAAGCCGGAAUCAGGACAUAGGCAGACAGACACACACGUACGGUGUAGCUUCCAAGUUUUUGUCUUCUUCAAUUCACUGAAACUUUCUUCACGAUAUUGUAUAUUUAUAACAUUUAUACAUACCUUAGUUGACUGUAUCCCAACAAUUGUGUACUAGGUAGCACCAAUACAUAUCUAUACAUCGUAUAUCCGAGAUACAUUGCUGUUGUGUCUAUCAAAGGUCAAGUAUGGAAACAUCAAACGAGAACGUCGCCGAUAUGGCGAAACCGUUAGCGAAGGACAUGUCUCACCACUUUUCGGAUGUCACCAAGGCGCGGGCUCCUAGUAAAAUGAAGCAAUUCUACAAAUACUUCCAGAUUCCCAAUAUCGGCCAAUUCGCUGGCGGUCUUCCGAACGCCCAACUCUUCCCUUUCGAUACAUUGGAAGCCCAGACUGCGAGACCGGACCGAUGGACACCGUCGCCUAACUAUCCCGGUGCCGACGACCUGCUAUCCUGGCAAUUGGCGGAUACGUCCAUCUCGGACCAGGCCACCGCAUCCCAUGUGGUAGUGCCGCACGAUGCGCCUACUUCUGACCCAAGGAAGAAGAUAGAUCUGGCCACCGCUCUGCAAUAUGGUCAAGCCGACGGAUACCUGCCUCUGCUUUCCUUCAUCCGUCAAUUCGCGCGCGACGUCCUACACCCGAAUGUGCCAUAUGAGGGAGGACCUGAGGUUAUUUCCACAUGCGGCUCAACAGAUGGCAUGUCUAAGACAUUGGAGGUCUUCACAAACAUCUGGGUCGAAGGGAAGAACGAUAUCCGGGAGCGGCCAGGUCUGGUGACCGAAGUGUUCAUGUACUCCAAUGUGCUCACCCAGGCGCAACCCCGAGGUGUACAAGUUGUACCCAUCGAGAUGGACGAAGAAGGAAUGGCUCCAUAUGGACCCGGUAGUCUGGAGGAUGUGCUUGCGAAUUGGGAUCACGAAAAGGGAAAACGGCCACACUUGAUGUAUACCGUCACGAUGGGUCACAAUCCCACAAGUGGUGUUUUGUCGUUGGAGAGGAGAAAGGAACUUUACUCGAUCUGCAGCAAAUACGACGUCAUCAUCGUCGAAGAUGACCCAUAUUGGUAUCUCCAGUAUCCCUCGGCCGAGAUUGAAGAGGCCAAGGCGAAGAACUUACCUAUCCCCGAGCCCAAGGCAGCGAAUACCCUCGCCAACAAGUCCGGGUACGAGUACAUAGACUCGUUAGCGCCGUCUUUCCUUAAUGUCGACGUAGACGGCCGAGUCGUCCGACUCGACACCUUCUCCAAGACGAUCGCGCCCGGCUGCCGCAUGGGGUGGAUCACGACAACCCCAGCGAUCGCCGAGCGGCUCCUCCGCGUCAGCGAAUCAGGCACACAGCAGCCGUCCGGGUUCGCGCAAGUUGUUAUCGCGGAGAUGAUAAUGGGCCCGCAACCCGAAGCCUUGGCCGCUCUCGCAGCGAAGCAGACGAAGAAAGAGCAGUUGAACUUCAGUGGGUGGAAGAUGGACGGGUGGGUGCGGUGGCUAGCGGGGCUACGGGGCCAGUACGAGCGACGAAUGAACCGCAUGUGCCGAAUCCUAGAAGAGAACGCGUACCAGCUGAAGCAAUCAACACCAACGCGGGAAUCCGACGCAGACUGGGGCGUGAUCACCAAAACACGCCUCUACGACUUCCGCUGGCCGCGCGGUGGCAUGUUCCUCUGGUUGCACCUGCGCUUCGAGACGCACCCGCUGUGGAAAGCAGCCGGCACCCGCGGCGGCAACGUCAUCGACGGCGUCGCCCUCUCCACGGCCCUCAUGGCCUUCCUCACCCGCAAGCCCUUCCUCGUCCUCAUCAGCCCCGGUCUCCUCUACAGCGCCACCCCCGAAAUCCGCGAAAAGCGCGCCUGGGCUUACUUCCGCAUCUGCUUCGCUGCCGAGGCCGAGGACAAGAUAGACGCUUGCUCGCUACGCUUCAGCGAGGGUGUGCAGAAGUUCUGGAGGGUUAAGAAUGUUAAGGAGAUCGAGGCUAUUCUUGACGAGAUCAACCUUGCGAGUACCCGGGAUGAGGAGGAGGGGUUGGUGGAUAUGGGGAGUUGGAUGGGGUGUUAACGAGUAUGUUAAAAGUCGGUGGGCGAGGGUUUCGCGAUAACGUGGCGGAUAUACGCCGGUUUUAUAUAUCUCCAUGGUCGGGAUAAGGGGGGCGAGUGUUAGAGUUGUUGGAGUUGAUAGCGUUCGGGAUAAAGAUGUUGGAGUUUUUUUUUAACUUUUUUUUGAGGAUGCUGUGUAUAGGUACAUACCUAGGUACCUACCGACCCAUCUAGGUGCACAUACACAUAUACAUAUAUGAGUUAUACGUUUUUUUUCUUCACGUAUACAGUUUUUUUAUCCCGGUUUAUAGAAUGAAUCAGAGUCACGUCUUCAC